AUGCUUACAUGGCUAAUGAAUGCUAUUGUUGGUAGCUCCCUUGAGGCAGAAGAUCCAGAGGUGUUUGAGGACCAUGAUUUCCGCAAGCCCACAGCGCAAGUGGUCAGCGCUCAAUUAUACACAGCAUCACUGUUAGGGUUGUUUGCCUUCUUAUCGUUCUCAGUGCUACUGAAGAAGCUCCCUAGGCUUUAUGCUAGCCGGAAGUACAAAGAGGAUGGUAAUUUAAGGCUCCCAUCAUGGGGUGAAAAUACGCUGUUCGGUUGGUUGGCAGUAGUAUACCGGAUUCGUGAUCAACAAGUUUUAGAAUACGCUGGCUUGGAUGCGUUUGUUUUCCUAGGAUUUUUCAAGAUGGGCAUAAAGCUGCUCGCAGUAUGCAGUUUCUUCUCCAUUUGCAUCAUUUCACCGAUUAGAUACCAUUUCACUGGAAGAUAUGAUGAUGGAGGCGAUGAAAAGAGUUUCAAGAUCGUGUCAGAACUUGUGAAGAGAGUUGUUGGAUCAGAUGGAGAUGGCAAGUCUCCUGAGACAGCUAGAGGUUAUCUUUGGAUGUACGUGUUAUUCACCUACUUCUUCACUCUACUGGCGAUCCACCUGCUUGUCUCACAAACGAGAUUGGUAGUGAAUACAAGACAAGCUUAUCUGGGUAAACAAAACACCAUAACUGAUAGAACAAUAAGACUCAUGGGUAUGCCAAUUGAGCUCCGCGAAACUGAAGCUCUGAAAAGGAAGAUAGAAGAGUUAAACAUUGGUAAAGUGUCAUCGAUCACAAUUUGCCGAGAGUGGGGUCCUUUGAAUAGGUUAUUUAAGUACCGCGAAAAGGUUCUCCGUGAACUAGAAUUGAAAUAUGCUGAUUGUCCUCCAGAUGAGCGCGAACGAGAGUAUUACUCUGAGAAUUAUAGGCUGAGACGAGAGGGAAGUCCUCAACCGGAUUCCCAAGCAGAGCCUGAUCUGAUUCAGCAUACGGAUGAACAUGAGAAUAGAGGGCUAUAUUCACAGAUCCAACUCCGGGAAAGACCCAAAGUCAGGACAGGUGCUUUCGGAAUUUUUGGUCCAAAAGUUGACGCUAUCGAGCACUUGGAACAGCAACUGAAGUUCAUCGACCAGGAGAUUGUGGAGGCCCGAAAGAAACAUUAUUCGGCCACCCCAACUGCCUUCGUCACCAUGGAUUCUGUUGCAAAUGCUCAAAUGGCUGCUCAAGCUGUGCUGGAUCACAGAGCCCAUUAUUUUAUCACGAAAUUGGCUCCUGCACCUCAUGAUGUCAAAUGGGACAACGUCUGCUUGUCAAGAAAGGAAAGAUUAACUAAGGUGUAUUCGAUCACAGCUUUUAUUGGGAUCUCAAGUUUGUUCUUGAUCAUUCCCGUUUCAUAUUUGGCUACACUGUUGAAUCUCAAGACAAUUUCCAGAUUUUGGCCUAGUCUUGGGAAGCUACUGAAGCAGAAUAAAUGGGCUCAAAACAUUGUGACGGGUUUACUUCCUACCUAUCUGUUCACACUUUUGAAUGUUGGUAUACCCUAUUUCUAUGAAUAUCUGACCAAAUGUCAAGGUCUUGUCUCUUACAGUGACGAAGAGACCUCUUUGGUAUCCAAGAACUUCUUUUACAUAUUUGUCAACUUGUUUUUGGUCUUUACUCUGGCCGGUACGGCAUCCAAUUAUUGGGGCUAUCUAAGUGAUACAACGAAGAUCGCAUACCAGUUGGCUACUUCGGUGAAAGAAUUCUCGUUGUUUUAUGUGGACUUGAUCAUUUUGCAAGGUAUCGGUAUGUUUCCGUUUAAACUACUAUUAGUUGGUAGCAUGAUAGGAUUCCCUUUUGUGAAGAGAAAAUCAAAGACCCCAAGGCAAAGGAAAGACCUCUACAACCCACCGAUUUUCAACUUCGGUUUACAGCUACCUCAGCCGAUUUUGAUUCUCAUCAUCACACUGGUAUACAGUGUGUUGAGUACUAAGAUACUGGUGUCAGGUUUGGCAUAUUUCCUUAUAGGAUUUUAUGUCUACAAGUAUCAGCUGGUGUUCGCCACUGACCACCUUCCUCAUUCCACCGGCAAGGUCUGGCCAUUGAUCUUUCGGAGAGUUAUCGUUGGUUUGCUACUGUUCCAGCUGACAAUGGCAGGAACACUGGCUGGUUUUGAAGGAGGCUGGGUCCUUUCAUCAUGGUUGUUCCCGCUGCCGAUAAUCACCUGUAGUUUCUUGUGGGAUUUUCAAAAGAAUUACAUGCCAUUAGCCAACUACAUCGCCUUAAGCUCAAUUAGAGAGAAUGAAAGGCAUAACUCUAUGAUCUCUUCCUCUCCGGAAGCUGGUACAUAUGAAUACCCACAUUUAGUGAGCACCUUGGAGGGGCCCAUUCUGGAUUGA